GUGCGAUGCGCGAAGUGUUGACGAAACUGACGAAUGACGCACUUUGUGGAAUAAAUGUGGAACGCGCAAGAGAGGAAAAAUGGAAGAUUGACGUUCAGAGUAUUUUUGUCCAUUGGAGAGAAAGUUGGAAAAAUUCGUACAAAUUUGUGUGCAUCGAAGAACUGCCACUUCAAAGCAAUAGGGGAUUUUGUGAGAUGUUAAGGAUCAGAAUCAAAAUGGGUCCAUCGCGAAAUAAGGAAUGGAGCUGCUGUUUCGGUCUGCACGUUCGCACGGCGACAAUUAUCAUUGGCGUUUGGCACUUGUGCCUGAAUCUGCUGUGUCUGGCCGUGCUGGCGGCGAUCAUGCGGAAUCCCGUGAUGAUGCAGGAGUUGGAGAAUGGCUAUGAGGAUGUGACGACGCUAGACGACGAGGCGCCCGCCUUGCCGACGCCGCUCAGCAAAAUCGAUCCUCCGUACGCUUUUCGCGAUCACUCACUGACUUAUCAAAAUGUUGAUAUGGGCAGUUUUGUCUGCAUUUGCAUGGUCGCAAUAACGCUGAUGAUGAUCUUUGGCGCCAUCAAGGGGAAACCCUCGCAUUUGCUGCCCUUCCUCUGCCUGCAGCUCUUCGACUUUGCCAUCACGAUCUUAACUGCCGCCGGAUAUUUGUGCUACUUGCGAUCGAUUCACCGUCUGAUCGCCGAGAGCCACAAGUUCCCGUGGCGCGAGGAGCUGCUGAAGCUCAGCCCGCAGACGCUCAGCAUUGUCGUCCUGGUGGCUUUCAUCGGCGUGGUUCUGCUGAAAGCCUACGCCAUCGGCAUCGUGUGGCGAUGCUACAAAUAUCUCACGAUGCGGCAACACAAUCUGCGCUCAAUGCUGCCAUAUAUCAUUCCCGAUGUCUCUCAUCGCCAGGAGCGCGACUACAGCUCGCUGCUGCCGGACUAUGACGAGGCGAUCGCGCAGAGCAUGAAGCAGGCGCCGCCGCCGUCCUAUCAGGUGGCCAUGGCCACGGCCACGCCCGCCAGUCCGGCGCUUGGCGCGUCGCAUUCCGAGGAAGGCGCCGCCGCCGUGACGGUCCUGGCUGAGACGUCGGCGCCGCCGCCCUACAUUCCCGCCGCGGUCACGGCCGCCGAGGUGACCGUGAACGGCGUCCCGGCCGAGGAGGGCGGCGCGCGGCCCAAAGAGCAGAACUAAGGGCGGAUCUCCGAAGGGUGUUUUUGAUUUUUGAGAAGUAGAAUUCAUUGAUGUUAUUAUUGUGUGAUUUGCAAAGACUACGCGUUAGUGUGGUUGAAACAUUAUUAAAGAUAUUGUGAAUACCUAAUUGCUAUUUGGUUUGAGAGGAAAAUCCACUUGACUAUUCCAGAGAUUCCAGAAAGUAGAUUGAUUAGAGAAAAACAAAA